AUGUCUCGCUACUGCUGUUUGAGACUGAAUGUGGACAUGCAGGACUGUUUAGUAGACUCCACUUUAAUAGAUUUUGUCAAUGACAUGAACAUGACGGAGUUUCCGCAAAAGUUCGCAUUGGAGUCCAAACGGCAGGUGGAUGAUGACGCAUCCAGCCCGGACACACAGACGCGGCUGAGCGACUCACCCUGGAGCGACAUGGAGGACGACGUGCACUCACAGAGAUACUGCGGCGCUCACGGCCAUCACAGCAAGUCCAAACGGAGGCGGAUCAUCAACGUGGUCCAGCGGCAAGCGGCCAAUGUGCGGGAAAGAAAGCGGAUGUUUAGCCUGAAUGAGGCGUUUGAUGAAUUGAGGAGGAAAGUUCCCACAUUCGCCUACGAGAAGAGACUGUCCCGUAUAGACACACUCCGGCUGGCCAUCGUCUACAUCUCCUUCAUGACGGACCUACUGGAGAACACCUGA